UAUUUUUUUUUCCCUUAGGAUUCAGUCUCUUAUUUUUGUCUGCUUUUGCUUUCCCUCAUCCUUUGUUCUUUCCUCUUUGCCCAUUUUCCUCUCUGUUGCUUUUUCAAUUUCUUCGCAAAGAGGGGGAACAAAAAACGAAGGACAAAGAACACAUUCGCUUCUUCUCAGGAUCCUUCGUCUCCGUGUUGCCAGCUCUGCUUCCAUGGAGUUUUAGAGGACUUGAGCUCUGAGACGACAGUAGAAGAGUAUUAGAAGAGACAGUCAAAGACAAGUUCUUCAUGUAAUUCUGCUGCUUGUGUUGUUCCGUCUCUGGUUCUGUCUGCUUAUGGAUCACAAGUGAGAAAACAGAAUAUUUGUAUUCCUUCGUGAUACUCGAUUCAGACCCCGAAAUCUGGAAUUCAGGGAUUUCAGUGACGAGUAUCUAAGGCAUUUGAUCGAACAUUUGGCGGGCUAUGAAAAUGAAGCGACAAUGGCUGUUCCUGAUAAUCUGCAGUUUUGUCUUGUUUCUGGCGAUGGGCAUUCAUGGGAAACGGUUAAUCGGCGUCGGCAACAGCGAAGCUGCUCUGUUAAUGGCGUUCAAGCACUUCUCUGUGGACUCGGACCCUAACGACCUUCUUGCGAACUGGAAAUACGGGUCGGGUUGGGUUCCAUGUUCAUGGCGAGGCGUCUCCUGCUCCGAAGAUGGCCGCGUAGUCGGUCUCGACCUCCGCAACGGCGGACUCGCCGGAACCCUAAACCUCAGAAACCUCACGGAGUUGCAGAAUCUCCGGAAUCUCUACUUGCAAGGGAACUCCUUCUCGUCGGGAGACUCUUCCGGUUCCUCCGGUUGUUCUCUUCAGAUUCUUGACUUGUCUUCGAACAAGCUUUCGGAUUACUCGGUGGUUGAUUACGUUUUCUCGAGCUGUUUCAAUCUGGUUUCCGUCAACUUCUCCGCCAACAAGCUCGCCGGAAAACUGGGUUCUGCUCCGUCUUCGUGUAAGAGCCUCGCCACCGUCGAUAUCUCUUACAAUCUCCUGUCGGAAGGGAUCCCUAAGACUUUCAUCGCCGAUUCUCCGGCGUCGCUAGAGUACCUCGAUCUGUCGCACAACAAUUUCUCCGGCGAAUUCUCCGGCGUGGAUUUCUGGCCGUGUGGGAACCUCACCUUCCUCAGUCUGUCUCAGAACAGUCUCUCCGGCGAUAAAUUCCCGACCAGUCUGUCCAGCUGCAAGCUCCUCGAGACGCUCAACGUCUCCCGCAACAGCCUCGCCGGAAAAAUUCCCGGUGGUGGAUUUUGGGCAAGUUUCCAGAGCCUGAAGCAGCUCUCCCUAGCUCACAACCGGCUUUCCGGCGAGAUUCCACCGGAGAUGGCUCAAAUCUGCAGAACACUCGAGGUCCUCGAUCUCUCCGGGAACCUUCUCUCCAGCGAGCUACCGGAGACAUUCACCCGUUGCAGUUCAUUACAGAGCCUAAACCUCGGAAACAACAUGCUCGCCGGAGAUUUCCUCAGCACUGUCGUGAGCAAGCUUCCGAGACUGGCGUAUCUGUACGCAGCCUUCAACAACAUCACCGGUUCUGUCCCGCUCUCGAUCACGAACUGUACGAAUCUCCGAGUUCUCGAUCUGAGCUCAAAUGGGUUCACCGGAAACGUACCAUCUGGUUUCUGUUCUCUGCAAAGCUCGCCGCCUUUGGAGAAGAUACUCAUAGCGAACAAUUACCUUUCCGGCAUGGUUCCUGUGGAGCUCGGCAAAUGCAAGAGCUUGAAGACAAUCGACUUCAGCUUCAAUGCCCUAAUCGGUCCGAUUCCAAAGGAGAUUUGGACACUUCCGAAUCUGUCGGAAUUGGUAAUGUGGGCAAACAAUCUCACAGGAGAGAUACCUGAUGGCAUUUGCGUUGAUGGUGGAAACCUGGAAACACUCAUCUUGAACAACAAUCUAUUAACUGGCUCGAUACCAGAAUCUAUCUCGCGGUGCACGAACAUGUUAUGGAUCUCGCUGUCGAGCAAUCGGCUAACAGGGAAAAUCCCAACAGGGGUCGGAAACCUCGUGAACUUAGCAAUUCUGCAGCUGGGGAACAAUUCCUUGACUGGAAACGUUCCUCCUGAGCUUGGGAACUGCAGAAACCUCAUCUGGCUAGACCUGAACAGCAACAACUUAACCGGAGAUCUCCCUUCCGAGCUCGCGACUCGGGCUGGUUUUGUAAUGCCGGGGAGCGUCUCGGGUAAACAGUUUGCGUUUGUGAGAAACGAGGGUGGAACAGACUGCAGAGGGGCGGGUGGGCUGGUUGAGUUUGAAGGCAUCCGAGCCGAGCGGUUGGAGGGUUUUCCCAUGGUUCACUCGUGCCCAGCUACGAGGAUUUACUCGGGCAUGACCAUGUACACAUUCUCCAGCAAUGGCAGUAUGAUCUACUUGGAUCUAUCGUAUAAUUCCAUUACCGGCUCGAUUCCUCCAAGCUUCGGAUACAUGAGCUAUCUUCAAGUCUUGAACUUGGGACACAACCGGUUAACCGGAACCAUACCCGACAGUCUCGGAGGAUUGAAGGCGGUCGGGGUUCUUGAUCUGUCCCACAACAAUCUCCACGGCACAUUACCAGGAUCGCUCGGGACACUUUCCUUCCUCAGCGACCUCGACGUCUCUAACAACAAUCUCUCUGGUUCGAUCCCUUUUGGAGGCCAGCUCACGACAUUCCCAUUCUCAAGAUAUGCUAAUAACUCUGGCCUUUGCGGUGUCCCCCUCCCGCCCUGUAGCGGCUCGGGACCCCGACCCACGAGCUCCCGCCUCCAUCCCAAGAAUCAAACUUCUGCUGCCACUGGUAUGAUCACGGGUUUCGCAUUUUCUUUCCUAUGCGUCCUGUUGCUUGUUCUGGCGCUUUACCGGGUGAGGAAAGUGCAGAAGAAGGAGGAACAGAGAGAGAAGUACAUAGAGAGCCUUCCGACCAGCGGCAGCAGCAGCUGGAAGCUCUCUAGCGUUCCCGAGCCACUAAGCAUCAACGUGGCUACAUUCGAGAAGCCAUUGCGGAAACUAACCUUUGCUCACCUCCUAGAGGCCACCAAUGGGUUCAGUGCCGACAGCCUGAUCGGGUCAGGAGGGUUUGGAGAGGUCUACAAAGCCGAACUCAAAGACGGGUCAGUCGUGGCGAUCAAGAAGCUGAUUCAUGUCACUGGUCAGGGAGACAGAGAGUUCAUGGCCGAGAUGGAGACGAUCGGAAAGAUCAAACACAGGAACCUGGUUCCGCUUCUGGGUUACUGCAAGAUCGGAGAAGAGAGGCUUCUUGUCUACGAGUACAUGAAAUGGGGAAGCUUAGAGAGCGUUCUCCAUGACGGAAGCAGAAAAAAUGGCGGUGUGUUUCUUGACUGGGCAGCGAGGAAGAAGAUCGCCAUUGGAGCGGCUCGUGGUCUAGCCUUCCUGCACCAUAGCUGCAUCCCUCACAUCAUUCACAGGGACAUGAAAUCGAGCAAUGUCCUUCUAGACGAAGAACUCGAGGCUCGGGUCUCGGAUUUCGGAAUGGCAAGGCUGGUGAACGCUCUGGACACGCAUCUGAGCGUGAGCACGCUUGCAGGUACACCUGGUUAUGUCCCGCCUGAGUAUUACCAGAGUUUUCGGUGCACGGCCAAAGGAGAUGUCUACAGCUAUGGCGUUGUACUGUUAGAGCUUCUCUCUGGCAAGAAACCGAUCGAUACGGGGGAGUUUGGAGACGACAACAACCUGGUCGGGUGGGCGAAACAGCUGUUCAGAGACAAGAGGGGCAGCCAGAUUCUGGAUCCAGAGCUCGUGUCGGAAAAAUCCAGGGAUGUGGAGAUGUUUCACUAUCUGAAGAUCGCGUUUCAGUGUCUGGACGACAGGCCAUUCAAGAGACCCACCAUGAUUCAAGUGAUGUCCAUGUUCAAAGAGCUUCAGGUCGAUACGGAGAACGACAGUCUCGACGAGUUCUCCCUCAAGGAAACGCCUUUCGUCGAAGAAUCUCGGGAUUAGGAGGAGGAGCCUCGAAGAUUCCAGAAAGUUCGGGAAGAUUUCAUUCUUCUUUCUUCUGGACUGAAAUGUCGGGUGGGGUGUAUAUACAGGAGGAGGACAGAGGACGAAGCAGAUGUCUCCGGUGAUGAUGCGACAUGGUUUUAGUGAAGGGCUUUAGUAUUCAGUUAGUUUUGUUCGUUUUGUUUGCUUCUGAUUCAGAGGGAGGCUUUUAGUCUUUGUUAUUGUUUCACACGAUUUUUAAGAUUUAGAGGAGUCUCUCUCUCUCUUGUAAAGUUUUGUACCUUCGCCGAUUUUUUUUUUGAAAUUUAAUUACCAUGAUGUCCUU